AUGAUCUCCUUGAAACUCCUCAAUCUUUUUACCUUGGCCCUACUCCCUCUGUCCUUUGCAGCUCCAGCUCCAGCUCCAGCUCCUGAGCCCCUUUCAGCCGCUACUGCCGCAAUUCAAUGGAUACCGAUCGACUUUGAUGGCAAGACACUCUAUCUCAACAGCGCAGCAGUGGCCGUAUCUGCCAACCCCGCUGAGGGGGCGAAACUAGCUCUUCUUAACGGCAAUGCCCCUGACUCUGACACCUGUGAUGGCACCACUCUCGACCCCCAUCCUGCUCCUUUCGCCAACACCGCAGACUGUGCGGUGAUCCGUGACUGGACCCGCUCUCAGAACACCUACUGGGGCGUUUGGAACAACACUCCCGACACACACAGCGUCUUGUACUACGGCACCUGUGUCUUCGAAGCAGGCACCCGGAACAUCCAGACAACCUGGAUUGGCUCUUCGAACAUCGCGGACAUCACUGAACUUGCCCUCAAUAGGUGGCAGUCUGGUGGUGUCGUUGCCUCUCAGGGACAGACAGAAUGCGACAACAACGGCUUCGGAACAUCAACUGUCAGGUGGACUAUCAAGCAUUCUUAA